AAAGUGAUAUUGAAGAGGGCAUAACAAAUGAUUUUGGUCUAUUUGAUGCUUUGACAGAUCCAAUAUUUAAAGAUGAAUUUAUUCAUUACAUUCAAAAUCAGAAUCCAAAUCUUUGUGAAUAUCCUUAUUUAUAUGAUUUUGUAAAAAAUCGAAUUUGGUACAUAAUAAUUCAUCAGCAGCAGAUUGAAGGAUUGUUCAACAAAUAUGAUCUUAAGACCCAUCAAAAUAUGAAACAAGAAUUAAAGCAAUCAAAACUAAGGCAUUUCUAUUGGUCUUAA